AUCUGUCUUGGUGUAAGGAUGCGAUGUUAACUGAGGUCGCUACCCGGCUAAGCUAACUGUCACAGAGCCUGACACAGAGCAGCCAGCAGGAAAUUAAAUCACAUCUCAUAUGAGCUUUAUCAGAUUUUUUUUUCUUCUUCUCAAAGGCACCAGACUGCACAAGAUAAGAGGCACUGAUAGGUUUUUGUUUGUUUUUUUUCUUCCCCAGUUUGACUCUGCCCUACAUUUCUCCCAGUUGCAUGACAGAAAGAGCCCAUUUAUAGCCUCUGUGUCCCCCGGGGGGUCAGAAGACAACAUGGGUUUCAAAUGAAGCCCUUACAGGCGGGAUGCUGAGUGAAGACGAGCCAUUUUUAUACCCAGGACUGAUGCAUCACCACUGAGACAAGAGAUAUUUUUUUGUCGAGUUUGCCUGAAUUUUGCUGACCUCUCUGUGGCGACCCGCCCGUCCAGCCAGCCGUCAAUAUGCAAGGCUUCUACUCCAAGCUCGACUCCUCCCCGGCCUCGUCCCCGCUGUUGGGGGUGGGCCUCGGCUCGGAGGGCGUCCCCGUCCCGCUCAGCCUGGCCGUGGAGACGGAGAAAGCUCAGGCCCUGCUGCAGACGUUCAGCUCCGCCUCUCUGCUGGCGUCGGCGGGGCUGGGCGUGUUCUGCGUGGUGGCCGACCACGCCCUCCAGCUCUCGGUCGUCCAGCACCACCUGUGGCUGCGGGCCGUCCUGGACAACGCCACGCACGGCCUGGUGGGGCUGUGGUCGUGGGCGAUUGUGAUCGGACUGAGGAAAAAGAGCGACCUGUACGAGGUGCUACUGGCUGGCCUUCUGGCGUCGCUCAUAGACUUGGACCACUUCUACAUGGCUGGAUCCCUGUCGCUGAAGGCUGCUGUGUCUCUCCCUCAGCGUCCUCCCCUCCACUGCUCCUCCCUCAUCCCCGUCCUCUGUCUGUCGCUGCGUUUCCUCAUGUGGAUCGGACGUCUCAAAGACGCCUGGUGCUCGUUGCCGUGGAUGCUCUUCAUCGCCAUGGCGUCGCACCACGUGCGAGACGCCGUGCGCCACGGCCUGUGGGUGUGCCCGUUCGGCAACACGGUGCCCAUCCCCUAUUGGCUGUACGUGAGCACCACGGCGACGCUGCCCCAUCUGUGCUCGGUGCUCAUGUAUCUGACGGGAACCCGGGAUGUGAUCUCGACCAAACACGGAGUCGCCAUCGACGUUUAAGGUCGUCGCGCUCCACGAGCUCUGACGUGGAGCUGCCGUGGAUCUGUCGAGCAGCUUUUAGAUAUUUUAAACUCCUUAAGAAAACCUUUUCUGGUACGUGAACGAUGAUAAAAGUGGAUAUAACACUUCAAAGAUCAGCUAAAGCAAACACUGCUUUUCAACUACAGUAAUUUUGACUUAGACGCCCCCUCCAUCUCCAUCUACUUCACUCAAGAAAAGUUUUGGUGAAGGGAAACCAAACGGCAGAAGCGCGCUUUCCAGUGUCGUAAAAUUUGACUCUCAGAAAAUAAAUUUACUUUGAAACGUGGUUGUUGCAAAGAUCCUGGGCACAGAAGUCUUCUGACUUUCGCCCGUCUGUCAGUGAAAAAUCAUGAAAAUUGAUUUAUAACUCAGUUUCACUUACCUUUUAAAGAGAUGUUAACAUCUUUUUAGCUGUUCAUGUGUGUUACGAGCGAGCCUCAACUACUUUUAGUCAGCUUAUAAGUUUGUCAUCCUUUACAUAUACAGUAUAUUUAUGUCCAGACAUGCUCUGUCAUCCUUUUAUGUGACCACCACCAGCCACCAUCACCACUUACAGUCGUCACUCAUAUUGACGUGGAAGUUGAUCACGUACACCCACUUUUUUAGCAGAGGGUCACUUUUACCCUCAGAUGAACAGUUUGCCUGUUAAACCACAAGUCAGCCCGGGGCCAACACUUCUUACAGACCAAGGCCCAGUGAACCAGCUUUUGCUUACGUCAGGAGAUUGUUCCUCUUUUCUUAUGAAAUAUUAGAUAAAAAAAAAAUACUCUGCUGAGAUGUUACAUGAUGAGUAACACCCCGUUUGGUUUAAAUGGUGUCCAGCCGUUUGAACUGCUCUGAUAAAUGCAGUGAAAAUGACUGGAAUUUAUCGAUGAGAGCCACACACUCUGAAUAACUUGACCGCUGCUCCUCGUCCUCUCCACCUGAGACUUUACUAACACACCUGGGUGAAAACACUUGCCUGCUAUCCCACAAUGCACCUGGAGGACUCUUGACAGAACACCUGGAUGAAUACAAACACCACCGUCACUCUUCUGUGCGGCUCGAGCGGACUGCUGUUCGAGACGAUUUCCUCUUAAAAAAGGGAACCCCUCCUGCUCCUCCUCCUCCUCCUGCAGCGGUGAUGCCUCUUCCAGCCACUUUGUACCCAAAUGUGAAACUAAAAUUCUUCCUCUGUGGUGUCAGCGCCUGCGUGGUCAUGGCAGACUCUCAUUGUGCUGCUUGGACGAGCCUUGUUGCCCAGUUUAAAAAAGUCUUUCUUAAAGCACUCUGUUUUUGCAGUUUUUAUCAGCAGCAGCGACUGCGGGGCGAGAUCUGCGUCGGAUCAGUGAGACUUUACAAACUGAUCUUUGCUUUUUACCACGGCGAUGUGAGACCAGGCAUUGUUGUGUUGUGCAGCCUCCUGACCUGGUAGUGAGCGCUUAGUGCACAUGUUGGGUUUUAUUUCUCCACUUCUUUGAUCCAAUCACACGACAGGAGAGACGAGCCUUCCAUGGCGACUGAACAUCAACUAGAACAACAAAAGUCAAACUCAAAUCCACCUCAUGGCUUCAGGUUUUAAAACACACCUGGUCUGUAGCCUCUGGUGUGUUUCAACAAAAGCAGAGGCUGAAAUAUGAGGUUGUGUAUUAACACCAGAUUGGAAACUGAUUUGUCCAUCAACUCAAGUACUUUCAUUUCAUUUUAUUUUAUUUUUUUAAGAGAGAGAGGAGAUGAGGUAAAUCAUAAAGUGGAACUGGAAUGAUGCUGGAUAUUUAUUUUAGUAUAUUUUUAUUGCACAGAUAGGGUGCCUGUUUACAUGUAAGAAUUUUUUUUUAAUCUAUUAAUUUCUUAAUGGAAAUGUUGAAGGAUAGAAGUUAAUGCUGGACACAUAUUGCUGCAGCUGCCUCUUUACGAUGCUGUAAACUCCUGUCCCGUGGAGAUUUUCCAAGCUGCUUCGUUAUUGGUCCACGUCCUGUGACUUUAAAAUUCCCAAUUACAUGAAAAUUUUGCAGUUCAGCAGAGCAUGGGAGAGAGCAUUUAUGUGGCGCGAGAGAGUUUAACAUUUCAGAAUCAGGCCAGUCACAUGCAUUCCUGAGCGAGAGGAGGUUGUUUUAUGGUAAAUUUUACAUGCUGCAUAGUGACGAUAUGAUGCAGCAGAACAGUGGUGCACCUGGUGUAAUUUAUUUUUAUUUUUAUUUCAUUGUCAAAUGAUUUUCUUUUCUAAACUGGUUUGGUUUAACAGCUUUUCUCUCUGGUAUUUUCGAUUUAUUAUCUGGCACACCAUUUUUUCCAUCUCUACUUAUUUAAAAAAAAAAAAAAAUCAUUUAAUUUAUUUUAUUAUUAUUAUUAUUUUAUGUAUUUAUUUUUAUUUAUUUAUAUUUUGCAUUAAGCAUAAGAUCCUCGGUGAGAGCAACAUGAGGGUGCUGUCUAUUUUUUGUCUUAUUUUUUUUAACAGAAAGUGAGAACUCCAUUUGGGCACUGGCAUGUGGAGGAAGAUUCAAACAAACAAACAAAAAACAGGCAUUUUUGUUUCUGGUCCACUGAAAUGCUCUAUUGAUUUAUAUUUUUAAACAGCAGUCCAUGAUGUUUUUUUUUUUUUUUUUUUUUUGCUGUGGUGAUUCAGAUUGUAGUGAUGACUGUUGUCCUCAAGAUGGUGCCAUUUAGCCACUGAGACUCACUCAUUUUUUUUGUACUGAAUUCAUGAUGAUGACUAUGAUUAGUUAUCAUUAUUAUUAUUAUUAUGAUUAUUAUUAUUAUUGUCAUUAGUAGUAGUCGUGGUCGUAGUGUUUCAUACCUGCCGACAUGUACAAACUCUGUGAAUGAGUUCUCACUUUCUGGCUGAGCUUCAGUUUCAACUUAACCAGGUGUUUCUGAACAUCACACUCAUAUUAAACUCACUGGAGGCUUUUAUUCUGAAAGGGGAAAUAAUUGAAUAGGGGGUUGUGGCAUUUUUGUUUCUUCUCCAUCAAGCUUAGUCUGUGGAAACUGGAAGUUUCAUGAUCUCAAACAGGAUCCAGUCCCUUUUUUUUUCUUUCUUUUUCAAUAUUGUACUAAACUUUUGUCACUAGAUGGCACUAUUGAGCCACAAAGGCUUUUUAUGUUAAUUGUUCUUUUGAGGAUUCAUUGUUUGGUUUUUUGGAGCCAUGCUACAUUCCUACAAAAUUUCCAAUGUUCUGGUUUCACAUGCAUUAUAGAAAUAAUUUGAUGAUGUGUAAAGGUUUUAGUUGGUUCUUAUUGUGUAUGUGUGUGUGUGUGUGUGUGUGUGUGUGUGUGUGUGUGUGUGUGUGUGUUAAGGGAGAGUUCUUAGUCAUAAAAACCAUCAUCAUCUUACAGCUUCUCUGUGUGAUAUCAGUGGCUUUUUUUUCACCACUUCAGCCUAAAAGCAUUACCUUCCGUAAGAGUAGAAGGGUUUUUUGUUUUUUGUUUUGUUUCCAAUAACCUGUUGUUUGCACUGACGCUCCUGCAGGUCUGGAUUUACCUUGACAGAUAUGAAAAGUGAUUAUUCUGAUCAUGUGCAGUCUUAAAGUGUGAGAAUUGCACAGUUUUUAAAAGGGAAGCAAAUCAUAGCACACACUCAGUCUGACUUCACGUUGUAGCUGUGCAGUGGUUCAGCGUCUUUAAUUUCAAAACGCAGAUGUUUGUCAUGAAUCACCUUCAGCGAGCGACACAGUCCUCUGCACUCGUCUGCCGCCGUUGAUCAUGAAGAAAAUCAUUAAGAAAUUAGUGCGAAAAACAAAAUAUACAUGUGAGAAACGUUUAACUGACAUCAGGGGUUAGAAAGUGAAUCGCCUCACGCCUCGACCGAGGUGAAUCAUUCUGAAACUGUCACUUCUUGGCGUGAAGGAUUUUCCCAGCUGCAGAGACAGUUUCAGAGCGGUUUUAAAAGGUGACACUUGGAGGGGAAAUAAUAACGUUUUGCCUUGUUUUUAAGCUCUUGGAAGGUACAACUGACAGGAUACAAUCUACAGUGACAAUGACAAGUAACAACUGAAUGUGAAAAAAGCAAUUCUCUGCAGAAUUAAUGCAAGAUUUAGAUAAGCUGUACAGUGGCAGAGCACUAAUGUGGGGCAGAUGCAUGAUAAAUGCAUGAAAUUGGACUUCACUCAACCACUGUGCAUUUCAGGGUGUGUGUGUGUGUGUGUGUGUUCAUGAGGGUCCCAUUUUCGAUGCCACUGUCACGCUCAGCAACACACCCUCACUUCCACUACUGCUUCUGUUUACAACGUGCCCUUUAUUAAUGUCACAUUACAUUGAAUUUUGCACUUUAAGUUUAAUUUUAGCGUUUCAGUUUUUCAGUUCGAGUUUUGUAUUAUUUGUUCAAUCUAUUUUGUAUGUCGGCAUUUUCAGUUUAAUAUAUUUGACAGUAGAUGGUGACAGGACAGUUUAAACGUGUUCUUUUUAUCUCAAUAAAAUCUAUACCCUGGA